UUAAUAUCGACAAGCAAGUUGACAUAGCCAUCUAGAUCAUUCCCCUCUAUGAAUUAUAGUAAGAAAAAUCGCCUCAUCAACGGUCAAACCCAACUCAUCAAUCAAAAAUGAGUUCAACCCAAAACAAACCUACCUCCUUUCCAAAUUCUCAACAGGAUGAUCAAGCUUAUAGUUGUGCUUUAUAUCUUCGCAGCGUUGAUGCCUUCUCUCAUGCGCUGGCUACAUGUCAGCAGCUAGAUCUUUUCGACAUCAUUGCUCAAGCAGGUCCUGCUGCUCAUCUCACUGCAGCUGAGAUCACUGCUAAGCUUCCCACUCAGAACCCAGAUGCAGCCUCCAUGAUAGAUCGCAUGCUCAGGCUCCUCGCUUGCUACUCGCUGCUCACUUGUUCUCUGCAAACCCUUGACGAUAAUCUUAUUGAAAGGCGUUAUGGGCUUUCUCCGACUGGUCAGUUGUUCGUUCGGAAUAAAGAUGGAGCAUCCAUGGCUGCAUUCUCAGCUGCUACCAAAGUUCAAACUGAGGCGUGGUUUUACCUAAAGGAUGCAAUUCUUGAAGGUGGUAAUCCAUUUGAGAAGGCCCAUGGAGUACCUAUGUACAAAUACAUAAGCUCAGAUCAAGAAUCGGUGAAGGGCUUCAACAAAGCCAUGGACGCCCUUUCCUCUUAUAUCAUGAGCAAAGUUCUUGAUUUCUACAACGGUUUCCAGGGACUUGAAUCUUUGGUGGAUGUCGGUGGUGGUUCUGGAGUUGCCAUCAACAUGGUCAUUUCAAAGUACCCUUCUAUUACUGCCAUUAAUUUCGACUUGCCUCAUGUGGUCAAAGAAGCUCCACCAUGUCGUGGAGUCAAACAUGUUGGAGGAGAUAUGUUCUCAGGCAUUCCAAGUGCACAUGCUAUUAUGAUGAAGGAGGUUCUUCAUAACUGGAGUGAUGAACACUGCAUCAAGAUUCUCAAGAAUUGCUAUGAUGCUUUGCAAAACGGUGGGAAGGUGAUUGUGGUAAGCCAUAUAAUGCCAGAGGUAAUGGAUCCAAGCAUCUCUACUAAAUAUGUAUGCCAAUUGGAUGUGAUGAUGUUUAUGUUCCCUGGAGGGAAGCAGAGGACUGAGAAAGAAUUCAAGGCACUAGGCAAGGCUGCUGGUUUUUCAGGGUUUCAACUCAUUUGCUAUGUUGCUUAUGACGCAGUGGGUGUCAUGGAAUUCUACAAAUAAUUAAGCUACUAGUAUAGGUUUAUUUACUUAUCUGAUUGGAAGAACUUGUGAAGAUCAAUGUCAGCUAAUAAAGAAAGAUAAUACACUAGUUUGGCUUUUAUCA